ACCGCUAAAAGUCCGCUGACGACAGCAGUAGCCUUUUACGUCUUGAAAAACGGGAUAAAAAUAAUCAUUAAGGUCAUUCAAUGUUGGAUUUAUCAUCGCGAACAUGUUGUCCAACGUCUCCGAAAAGACACUGAAGUUCCGGGCCGCACUGCAAAUCUUCUGAAAGGGCCACGGUCGCACGGAAGCCCCGCCUGGAACGGCGCGAGUGUUAGCUUCCUGGCAAGACACACCUUCCAAUGAGGAAAAGAGCAAGAAAAGUCCAACUGUCCCUACAACAGAAUGGAGAGGACAAGGAAGGGCUGCAGUAAGAAGUGGAGCAGCAGAGAGAAGAGAGGAGGGGAGGGGACUUCUCCCAAAACUUUACACAGUUUGCACAAGGAUGUAAAAGCUGCCCACUCCGCUUCCCUCCCUCCCUUCCUCCCUCCCGUCCUCCCUCCCGUCCCCUCACAUUUACUACUCUUUCCAUGUUGUUUCUCCACUCCACCACUAUCACCACCCUCCUCCUUUAUCCCUCCCUUUCUCCUCCCUCUUCUGGGUCAGAGGAGAGGAGCGAUCAACCUGAGACUUUAAACAAGCCAGAGAGCCGGCAGCGAACUCACACACACACUCACACACUCUCUCUCCCUCUCUCACACACACACAGCUGUUCAUCGCUGAGGGAACUAUGGUGAGCGGCACAGGAGAGCAAAGCUGAGACAGAAGACAGAAGUGAGACAUCGGUACCUGAAAAGCAGAGCUUACUGAAGGAUAAGGAGUGGGACGUCCCGAGACGGAGCUGAAGGAGUGGGGAUAAAGCAGACAAGACCUUUGGCCCUUCCUGCAAACUUUCACCUCCUAACCCCUGUCCGUCAGUCCCCACCCCCUACGGCCAAACCCUCAGCACACUGACUGGAGCUACAUAUUCUCCAGUGUCCAGAGGAUCUCACUUGGAGGCUGUCUUGCCUGUCCGCCGAGGGUCACCAGUGGCAGCAGUGGAACCGAUGGAAGCACCAACCCUUGCUGAAAUGGGAGACUCGUGUCACCCCCGCUCUUCCUCUCCAGAGGGGGAGACGGUGUGUGCGGCUCUAGCCCGCUACGAGCACACUCUCCGGGACGCCAUCAGGGAGAUCCAUCUGGACGUCAGUGCUUUUAAACUGGGCAUGGAGCGUCGUCUGGAGGAGACAGCCAACCUGAGCGGGCCUCUCGGACGAGUGGUGGCUCAGCUCCAACAGGAAAACCGGCAGCUCCGGAGUCAGCUGGAAGCUCUGACCCAACAGGUAGAGCUCCUGAGCGCGAUGUCGUGUGACAGAAGCCCCUUAAUGAACAACAACCACAAUCACAGUCUGAAUCACAAGAAUCACCUGAAUGACAUUCAGGAGAACCAUCACGAGAUAAAGGAGGUGGUCUACGGGAAGGGUGAGGCUCACACUCAGAGCCAGGCUCACCUCCACAUCCAGCCCUGCACCCUGGGGAGCCAAGCCCAGACCUACAGCGGCCUCAGCGGCCAGUCGAGCCCUGCAUCUCCGCCUGCCACCUUCUCAUCCUCCCCCAACUCCAGCAGUCCUCCUGCUGGCUCCAGAGUUUCCUCCAUGGUGACAGGCCCAGUGUCCAGCAGCCCCUCCGCCGCCCGCUUCUCCAGCCGGGCCACGUUUGCUGUGUCCAGCAAGACUAACAGCAUCGAGCGAGAGGAGCCAAUAGAAGUGGACCCCGCCCCAACACAUGCUGGUCUGGAGAACGGGCAUGCUGCCGCAUCAGAACAUUCAAUGUUGGUUCAAGGAGAGAUCGCUCCACCCAGUGACUUCCCACACGAGCACACGGCCCCGGUCGCCAUGCGGAUGCCCCACCUCCCCAUCACUGCCACAACCAAGACGGCGGAGCUUAAGGGCUCUCCCAACUCUCCCAGCAGUCCCGUUGGUUCUCGGUCCUCCCCUGUCUCUGAGGCCUCGUCUCCGGGUCCAUCGAUUACUUCCAUCAACCAGCCCCAAACAAUAGAGGAGUCUCCUAUUCAGUCAGUGUCUUCUGUGAAGACGUGGACACCUACACCUAUCAGAGCCCUCGGAUCCCCUCGCCUUCAGGAGAAAGUAAAUUCAGCCCCUGCUAAGUCUGUGACCUACUCAGGGUUACAGCAGCAUGAUAGAGAUGGUGAUACAAACAGUGACAGGUCCUUUGGGCAGAUAGGAGAGAGGAGGCGGGAACUCGUGAGGUCACAGACUCUGCCUCGCAACAUUGGCGCGCAGGCUCGUCGAUCAAUCUUCGAAAGGCUGGACACUGACUCGAGUAACAGCCGUCCCAAACCGGUGGAGUCCAAACCCAAACUGAAGCGCUCUCAGAGUUUUGGGGUGUCCAGCGCCAGCAGCAUCAAACAGAUCCUUCUUGAGUGGUGCCGCUCCAAGACCAUAGGCUACCAGAACAUCGACAUCCAGAACUUCUCGUCCAGUUGGAGCGACGGGAUGGCCUUCUGUGCCCUAGUCCACUCCUUCUUCCCCAUCGAGUUUGACUACACCUCUCUGUCGCCCGUCAACCGUAAACACAACUUUGAGCUGGCCUUUGGAACUGCAGAAGUGAAGGCAGGCUGCGACCGGCUGAUCGAGGUGGACGACAUGAUGAUCAUGGGCCGUAAACCAGACCCCAUGUGUGUCUUCACCUAUGUCCAGUCCCUCUACAACCACCUGCGCAAGUUUGAGUGAAGCUCAAACAUCGCGGAUCGAUUUGUCUCCACGGUUCUCCUUCUAGACUCAAACUUUGCCCAGCCUCCUCCACCAGCAGCAGUGGGUUCUUCAACUCUCUGUACUCGACUCUCAUUGAGUGGAGAUUCAGAACUGGUUUGGGAGCACUUUGAAAAGACUCUGCUGCUCCCCGGUGGUGUAUUAGUGAACAUUCCUGCAGAUGUUGCAGGAAAAAAAGUGCUCACAGAUCUGACAUUGUCUGGCGGGGAAGAACACGGUGUGUGUGUGUGUGUGUGUGUGUGUGUGUGUGUGUGUGUGUGUGUGUGUGUGUGUGUGUGUGUGUGUGUGUGUGUGUGUGUGUGUGUGUGUGUGUGUGUGUGUGUGUGUGUGUGUGUGUGUGUGUGUGUGUGUGUGUGUGUGUGUGUGUGUGUGUGUGUGUGUGUGUGUGUGCGUGGCUGAGAAAUAUUGGACGAAGAAUUGAAAUGCUGUUGGUUUUCUGUGUAUUGUAAAUCUUUAUUAUCACCAUGAAAUGUGUGUCAAUAUUAUCAUUUAACAUCGCACCAAUGAAAUGGAUGUUUCACAAAUGUCAGUGAAAAACUAAAAUUGUGUGUGAUUGACACUUGGCUGUAAAUUGUCUCACCAUUAGGGCAAAACACUCUGUGGGGCAGAAAGUAAAAUUAACAAAAAAUAAAGGGAAAAAAAAAGAUGUUUGUUAAAAGGAA